CCCUAUAACAAAAGUUAUAUCAAAACUAUAAUUGUUUUUUUUUAAAUAAGAUGUUCUAUAAGAAUUAAGGAUGGCAGACGCAUAUUUGAACUUACAACGAAAGCUUAAGGAUUUAGGAUACAAUAACACUUUACCUAAAGAAGCUACAGCAUUGGUAGAAAAUAUUCUUGCUGACUUGCUUCAGACUACCCGUAGUCUACAGCAUUAUAUGACUUUAUCUAAGGAGACUCUAUUGCAGAGAGACUCAUUAUUAUUAGAAAUAGAACCGUACAAAUCUGACAAUGCCAAUUUAAUUCAAGAGAACAAUCGGCUUCAUAGAGAACUAAUGCAACUAAAAGAAAACCAUUUAAAGACUAUAAAAGACAAUCAGAGAACUAUAAAGAAUCUAACUGACGAUAUUGCUCGAAAGGAUAGCUUAAUUUUGAAAUUACAGCAUGAUUUGAGAGAUUUGAGCCUAAGAGGUUUAUGUGCUGAAACUUUGAGUAGUCGAAAUAGAAGCAAGAGAAAAGAUGCAGGAGAUACAGGUACAAUUCCAAGGCUCUGUAUUUGUAAUAGUAUUGGUUUGGCACAAAACAAAGAUUCAGAAGAUAUAUCUAGGACUCUUAAACUUAUGCAGGAAAAAAUUGAUGCAUAUAAUGAUGAAAUCAUGAUUUUAAAAAGUGUUGUAGAUCAUCGAGAUAAUGAAAUAGCUAGACUCAAUAUUCUUCUUCAGGGUGGUAGACCAUUUACAGCUAUCAAUAAAGAUUUUUAUUCCAACAAACCAGAAAACAAAAUUUUAAGUAUGCAUAAACAGCUUAAAGAUUUGGAAACUGUCAAUGAAUCCCUGCAGAAAGAGCUUGAAAGUAACCUUGAAAAGCAACAUGAAGCAAUGUUACGAGCUCUUGACCUUGCUGAUAAAAAUAAAAAAUUAAAAGAAGAGUUACAAAGAAUGGAUAGUUUGGCCCUUAAAGUAGAAGAAGAUUGUAAUAAAAGGCUGGCAGAUAUGUUAAAUGAAAAUAAUAUCCUACAAAGUAGAAUAGACACCUUGCUUUUAAAGAAAUCUCAGCUAGAAAGAGACUUAUCAGAAAGAAAUCAGAAGCAAUACUCUUAUAAUGAAUCUGGCUCACUUAAUUGGAAAGAUCUAAAUGAAAAGGCAUCAUUACAAAAUGAAAUUAAAGAUUUAGUAGAGCUUAACAAGAGUCUGCAAGAGAAAAUUUAUGCAUUGUCACAAGUUAGUAGAGAAUACCAAAACAAACUCAUAAAUAAUUAUGAAACAAUGAACCCUAUUUGUUUAGGAAAAAAUGAAUUGCAGAAAAUGUUUGAGGAUGAAAGAAAGAAAUAUGAGAAGUAUAUUACACAGAUCCAAGAAAAACUCAAUGAAACCAUUAAAUUUUUAGAAAAUAAAAGUGUUGGAAACAGCCCUAAGUUUUUACCAGAAAAUAGUUUUAUCAAAGACUUGAAUUUAAAACUUUGUGAAGCUGAACAAAGAUGUUUGAUGUUGAAAAAAGAAAAUGAUGAAUUGAAAUCAAAAGUUACUGAAGGAAAAGACUACAACAAAAAUAAUAAUUAUAAAGACAUAAUAAAUCAUUUAAACAUUGAAAAUUCAGAAUUAUCUAAGGAAAAUAUUUUCCUUACUCAACAAUUAAGUAAAUUCAAAAGCACCGAAAUUGGAAAUCAGGAUAAGAAUAAAUACUUCCAACAGGAAAGUAAUAGAUUACAAGAAAAGAUAGAUAUACUGUCUAAGGAGAUAGAAACGUUGAAAAGAGAAAAACAUGAAUAUAACAUGAGAUAUAAUGAUGCCUUAGACAAGUGUGAUAAAUUAAAAAAAGAUUUAGUAUUUAAGCAAAACCAAAUAGCACAAUUAGAAGAAGAAAACUGUUCUUAUAAACUUACAAAUAGGUCUGGAAAAGCAUCCAGGGAAAGGUAUAAAGAAGAAAAUAUCAUAUUAAAGGAACAGAUAAAAAAACUUCAAAGUGAACUUAUUACAGAAAAAACAGUAGCUAACCAAAUCAGAAAUGUUCAACUUGAAACAGAAAGAAGCACUACAGAAACUCAAAACACAUUAUUCAGCAUUCAAAAAAAGUUGAGUCUUGCUAAGGAUAGUAUAGAAAACUUAGAAAAACGGUGCAAGGAAUAUCAAUCUGAAAUAUUAAUGCUUCGAGCUGAUAAAGCAAAUUUAGUAGAAAAUAUUAAGAAGAUUGAUGAAGCUCGUGAUAAAUUAGUUCUAGAAUUAGAUCAGAAAGCAGAAGAUGCAAAUAUUAUGGAACAAAAGUUGCAAUCAAAGCUUUUUGAAAUUACUAAAUUAGAUACUGAAAUUGCACACCUGAAAAGAAAACUAAGUGUGAGUAAAAUUUCAGAGCACAAAAUAUCUGAUUAUGAAUCUCAGAUUUCAUUCCUAAAUGGAGAAAUACUCAAACUGAACCAGCAAUUUGAUACAUCAAUAAUAGAAAACAAACAUUUACAAAAUAGUCUUGCAGAUGCUAAUGGAAUGUUAAGGUUAACAAAGAUUGAAUUGGAAAAAUCCAGAAAAGAAGUUGAUGGUUUGAAACAACAGCUUCAGCAUUAUGUUGCAGAAGUAAGAAGAAUAGAAGAAUUACUAUCUCAUAAGGAGACUGAAAGAUCAGACAUGCUUGAACAAUUUGCUAGUUUAUCUGUGGAAGCUAAUAUUUUAGAAAAUACUAACCAUUCACUUGAAAAUGAAACUGCAUCUAAAUCAUUACAGCUUCAAUCAUACAUUUCUAAAAUUGAGAGUUUAGAAGAAAAACUGAUUGAAAAAGACAAUAUUAUAGAUAGCCAAACGUCUCGGAUUGCCUCAAUGACAUGUAAGAUAAAUGCUUUAGAAAAUGAAGUAAAAUUAAUAACCGAGGAAAAGUUGGUGCUCGAACAGAAUGUUCAAUAUUUGAAAUCAAUGUGUAAUGAUAUGAAAGCUGAUCAAACCAAGUCUGGUAUUGGUAAUGGUGAUUCAGAACUAAAACUUUAUGAGAGUAGGAUAAGAGCUCUUAAGAGUGUUAAGGAAAAAUUGGAAGCUGAGAAGCUUGAACUCAAAGAAAAACUAUUGACUGCUGAAAAUCUUUUAUCUAAUGCUAGGAGGGAAAUAGUUGACCUAAAGUUGACUUUACAAGAUGCAACAUCAGAAACAAAAUCAUUAAAAGACCGUGUCAACAGAUUUAAUAUACAGGAAUCUGAUAGUGAUAUUAAUGAGAAUGUCUUCUUAAAAGAAGAAUUAGAAUUACCACUUCUAUUAGGAAGUCCAAUUCAAGAAGAUAGCAAUGAAUAUGAAGAAUGUAGUCCACAUCUGCAUGGUGACCACAAAACAUAUUCAAAAUACAGAUAUGGAACAUUAUAAUUACUGUUACCUUGUACUUAACACAUUUAAUGCCAUCAAAACACUCCCGAGUCUUCUUGUAAGUACUGUAUCAGUGCUUGAGGGUCACAGUGUGUUUAUGGCAUUAAUGAUAAAUAAAUUAUUAGAGUGUAACUCUUCCUAGUAUGAAUUUUUAUGUUAAGUAUAUGAAUUAAAUAAUUUUUAUUUAGUAUUUAUAACUUAUUACAAAAUUUCAUUACCAUCCUGUUUUUAAUAGAUUAUUUUAAAGAAUACAUAUAACAUUAAAUGCACCAUAA